AGGGUGUAAAGAAAAGGGGGUUUAUUGUGGGAUGGAGAAGAAUGAAGAUGAGAAGAUUCCAACUAAAUGGUCAGAUGGAGUUUUGUUUGCUAAUGGGGGUUCAGAAAGCGGUGGUGGUUCGCUGAGCACUGAGGUUUCAGGAAAUAUCAUGGCUCAAGAAACUGAUAAUGAUGCGGCUGAGGAGUGUGAGGAUGUUAUGGAUAUUACUCAAAAUAGUUUGCUUGUGGCUCAAGGAGGUGAUAAUGAUGCAGCUGAGGAGUGUGAGGAUGCUAUGGAGAUUACUGAAAAUGGCUUGCAUGUGGCUCAAGGAGGCGACAAUGGUAUGGAUGAGGAGUGUGAGGAUGCUAUGGAUGUUAUUGAAAAUGGUUUGUGUGUGGUUCAAGGAGGUGGUACUGAUGUGACUGAGGAGUGUGAGGAUACUAUGGAUAUUACUGAAAAAUGUUUGCUUAGCACCAAGGCAACAGGGAGUAAUAUGGCUGGAGGAUGUGUUAAUGAUGCAGGGCAGGAGUAUGAGAAUGCAAUGGGUAAUGUGGUUGAAGGAUGUGAUAACGGUGUGGCCAAGGAGGUAAAGAAUGCUGCAUUGGUGAAUUUAAGCGCAGUUGUGGAGGAUGACAGUGUGAGGAUUGCAGAUGAUAGUUUGGUUGCUAAAGACGGCCUCAAAGAUUUGCCAACUGCAGAAGCUGCAAUACAGGACAGCAUUCCAUGUACAGAAGUUGUGAAUGUCAAUGCCAAAGAAUCUUUGCAUGUGAAAGGUUUGUUAAGGAAUUUCCUUGAGCUAGAACCUGCUUGUGAGUUGAAACAACCAGCCUUUCAUGUAGAUGCACAAGUAGAUGUGAUGCAGAAUCAAACCACAGUUGCAGAUUUUGUUGAAGGACAGGUGUUUGAGAAUAAUCAGGAGUGUCUUGGUGUUAAUCUUGUUGUAGAUCUUAAUACUUACAGAAACAUGCAGGAUGUUGACAUAUAUCAGGGAUCGACAUUUUCAGAUUUGAAUUUGUGUCUAUCGGAUUUAGUGUGGGGAAAGGUCACUGGCCAUCCUUGGUGGCCAGGUCAGAUCUUUGAUGCCUCAGCUGCAUCAGAGAAGGCAAAAAGGCACCUCAAGAAAGACUGUUACCUUGUAGCGUAUUUUGGGGAUCAAACAUUUGCUUGGAAUGAUGUGUCAAUGAUUAAACCGUUUCAGGCACAUUUUUCACAAAUGGAGAAGCAGACCAAUUUGGAAAAUUUCCACCAUGCUGUUAAUUGUGCUUUAGAUGAGGUCUCAAGACGGGUUGAGUUUGGCUUGUCCUGCCCUUGCAUACCUGAUGGUGUGUUUUUCAAGCUUAAAACCCAAGUAGUUAGUAAUUCUGGAAUCAAUAAUCAAUUCAGCAGAAGAAAAGGAGGGGACAGAAUUAUAAAUUCAAUGUCUUUAGAACCCACAAAACUUGUCAAUUAUGUCAAAUUAUUAGCCCAGUCGCCACUUGUUGGAUCUGAUAGACUGGAUUUUGUAGUUGCACAUGCCCAAUUGUUGGCCUUUUAUCGCUCGAAGGGUUAUUCUCAACUGUCUGAGUUCACAGUAAUUGGAGGGUUAUUCGAUAAUGAUAUGGAAACCCUACUAAUGAGGGGGAAAGAGCAAUGCGAUUAUCAAACCCAUGUUGGCCUUUCACUAGAGGAGUGCAAGCACAUCCCUGGGGAUAGCAAGCGCCGUGGUAAGAAACAUAAACUUAUGUCAGAUUUGAUGUCUGAAGGGAGCUUAUGUAUUUCAAAUGUUGAACACACAUCAGAACAGAAAACUAAGUCAGUUCUGCGGCGUCGGGGUAGGAAAAGGAAAGCAGCUUACAAUGCUUCGGAAGAUUAUUUCCAUAAUUCCCAAAAUAGAAAGUUCAACCAAUUACAGAAUGCAUCUGUAAGUGGGAUGACGUCCCAACUCUUCUUGGCCGCCAAGAAUCCAACUGGACAAAGUUUCUCCAGUCGCCUAGUGCAUUUUUUUGCAGAAUUUAGAAAUUCCAUUAGCCUUGAAUAUUCUGCUUCCCUGGAACAAAAACUGUUGUGUGAACAAAUGCUCGGUGAUGAGACUGGAGCAACCUCCGUGGGAGCAUUUGCUACUGUGACAUCUGAGCCUUGCAUUGAUUCUUAUUGGACUGAUAGAAUAAUUGAAAGUAUUCCUGAAAAGCAAUCGUUGACAAAAUAUCAGAAUGAGAGAGCCAUUUUUCUGCCUGAGACUCUAAGUGAGGUUAACCCUAUCUGUUUGAAGUUGCCACCAUCUGCUGAAAAUACCACAGAUUUGAGUAUUAACCAGCAAGAUACUGAUAGACUUUUUGGAUCAGAAUCUUCUAAGCCUGCAGAACAUUGGGACGAGAGUUCUACCCCGGGCUUUUCCCCCACCGCUCUAACUCUGAAAUUUUCAAACUUGGAUUCUGUUCCUUCAACAACAGAUCUCAACGAGAUUUUUAGCCGCUUUGGACCACUGAUUCAAUCAAAGACUGAACUGCUAGAGAGAACUAACAGUGUCAGAGUGGUUUUCCUAAAACGUUCUGAUGCGGAAGCCGCUUUUAGUAGUGCUGGAAAAUAUAGCAUAUUUGGACCUUCACUUGUUAGUUACCGCCUCAAGAUUUUGCGUCGGAAGCCACAAAAAGGUAUAAUAGGAAAGCGGGGCAGAAAAAAGAGAGUAACAAGUUCUGUGGAUGGGGCAGCAGUCUGAUGCCUUCGUGUUGACCAUUCCAUCCUUACUUAUGACAUCAAUCGUGGUUGUGUUUUCAUGUGAAUGUCAACAUUCACCUAGUAUAUUUUGAUGUGCUUAACCAAACUAAUACUUAGAAUUCAGUGGCUGACUGAUUGAUAUUUAGAAAUAUUUGAGAAUAGGAUAAUUUACAAUUUAAUUAUUAUGUUGCAUAUACUUUGAACUGAUAUAAGUUCUUGGGGGAUGAUUUAUGACUUUUGGGAAAGAAAUCAGUGCUGAACAAGAAAUGAACUUGUCUGAUAUACGAGAAGAUUCAUUCUCAACUCACAUUUGAAUCAGAGGGCUUU